AUGAGCGUUUUCAACCUUAUAUCCUUAUCUCUGGUUGUUGUUCUAAUUCAGCUAGUGCUUCCUACUCUCCAAUCAGAUUAAUAUGAUUUACCAUUGAACUAAAGCUUUGCAGUAAUAAAGGAUUUGAAUAGAAUAGUUAUAUAUCCAGAGGAAAUUAUUCGAUUGCCUCUUAGCAAUUAUUUUAGAGGACCCUUGAUUGAAUAUGUUUUUGAAGUGGCACCUUACAACGAUUCAUCUAAUUAUGAUGAAUCAAUGGUAACCAUUACUCCUCCUUAUGAAAUAAUUCAUGAAGAAGAUUUUGAAUAAUUUGAAGGAUAACAGUCAUUACCCCAAACUUCAGUUGUUUACUGUGAUGAUUAUGCAGGUUUUUUUCUUGUAUUCAUCGACUUUGACAUGAAUCUGAUAAUUUAUGACAUUUCAGACUAUGCAAUCAAAGGUCCGCAAAGUUAAAUCCACAGAUUAUCUAAGACAAAUAUUUUUAAGAAUUAAGAUCUGUCAUAAGAUAAACAGUGCACAAAUUUAAUUAUUCUUGAAAAAGCUAAACUCAUGGCUAAUUGCAAGUCUAAUAAAUAAUGGGGUGACUAGCAGGACUAAUUCUAUGGAGUCUCUGUGAUGAUUAACAUAAGUGUGAUCGAAGCGCCUACUGUCAGGUAUUUUGUAAACAAUGCUGAUUUCUAAUCAAUGAAAGAUGGUGUCUAUCGAUAUGUUAAGAAAAUCAACUAUACAUACAUCAUACUGGUCAAAAAAUAUAAAACCAGUUGCUAUUUUAACUUUGAAUCAAUGGAUGGAUUUUUGCAGCCUAAAAUUAUAAGGUAAAUUUAUAAUUUUGAUAAUCCCUUAUCAAUGAGCACUGAUGAUUUAAAAGCAAAAUACGAUUAGUAAAAUCCACUAAUUAUUGAUGAGGCUUAAAGAUGCAAUAAUAGGAGACUAAAUUAUUAGUAUUCUGAUCAGAUAGAAUAGCUGAGAAUUUAGGAUGUUAAUAUUGUACCCUAUUAUGAAAAUAUUGUAGUAGCAACUGAUUACUUUCAAGGAAUCUUAUUUUUGAACAUUAAUUGCUCCACAAUCGCUUCUUGCUCUUAUUAUCCUCAUUAUAAAAUACCAUCUGAUCAUUUAGGGUCUAUUUUUGUACUUGAUUUGGAUCCUCCUGAUGAAUAAAAACUGAUAUUUAUAAUGAAAUUAUCUCCUCCAGGAGUGCUUGAAUUAAAUUUCGAUAACUAAGCAACUCCAUUUAUUUAAAGAGGCUAUUUUGUUAGUGAUGAUGAUGGUGAUUUCGUGAGUAUGAAUUCUCUCACUGCUAAUUAAAAUUAUGUAGUUGUUUAGUAUAUGUCUAUUUUAGAUUUGAAACCUUUGUUAAGAGUCUUUAGCCGAACUUCUAGUCACUUCUCUAUUGGAUAUACUGAAAUUAAAUACUCAGAAAUGUUUGAUUCUGGAAUUUUGAUAAAUUUUAUGAACAAGUUUGAGAAUUUCUUAUUUUUAAAGACUUCGGAUCUAUUUAGAAUAUAUAGAUUUGAUAAUUACUACUUGCAAAUAAACGGAUCAAAUGCCACAUAUUUAUAGGAAUAAAACAUGCUUAAUAAUAAACUACAGGUCCUUGUAGCGGCAAAGAAUUAUUGGAAUGACUAUUUAUUGAAUACUGUAGAUAUACUAUAUAUUAGUGAUGAGUUUGCACUUUCGCCUUUUGCAAAACUUUUAGGAUCAGACGAUGAAGCUGUAAUAAGUAUAGACUUUGAUUGCGGUUCUAGUGAUGCAAGGGAUAUCGACAUUUCUGAUUUUUAUGAUGGACCUAUCAAUCAGUUGAUAAUGUAACUUGAUACAAAUUAUUCUAAUUCAACAUUUUUUGAGCCUUAUUUUGAAUUUACUAAUUAUGUAAACGUCAAUUCAACACCAUAUAAGUACAAUAUUACCAGCUGUACAAUGCCUGAAAUUCUAACUUUCAAGUCAUAUUAUUAAGAUGAAAAAAGAGAUUACUUAGCCUGUUUUACCUAUGAAAAAGAUUAUAUAACGCUCAUUGACACUUUUAAUCAAACUGAUAAUCCAUAAGAUAAUGUUGAUUCAUUUUAUAAUUUUACUUUGCCAGGCUCAAGUAUACUAUAAGUUGCUUAAGACAUCUAUUAAGAUGUAUUUUUUGUUCUGAGCAAUACUUCUUCUUCAGGCUAAGUUGGAGCUUAUGUGCAUAUUUUUAAGCUUUACAAUAAAUUAUUAUGGGAAUAAAGUAUAGAUCUAUUAGUAGAAUUCAAAGAUAUUUUGGGACCUGAUUUUAGAUUUAGAGAGUUUAAUUCCUUAUCGUAUGAGCCAAACUCUCAUCUUGGCGUAUUAAUAUCUUAACCAGUGAACAAUGGAACUUACAUGAAUUAACUUCUUGGUGUCUUCGGACUAAAUAAUUCUGAUUAAAAUAACAGAUUUUAGAUUGUAUAUAACAUCUCAGUUUCAAUACCUGUAAAUACUAAUAAGCAAGUAUAUAUUAUCAAUGCAAAAAUAAAUACAGAUGGUGUUUGGAUUCUAACUUCUGAUAAUAUGAUACAUUUAUAUGUUGAAGGCUAUAAUCAAUUUGUGAAUUAAGGCUACAGAAAUGAUGAUGUGUAGAGAAGGACUAAAAGUCUGUUUCUUAAAAACAUUUAUUCCUUCAGAGGUGGCAACCACAUAGGUCUACCAAUUCGAUAAUUUAAGAUAUUUGGCAGCGUAAUUGUCAUAUUUUUUGGAGAUAAUUUUGUUGAAGUCUAUUCAUAUUCAUCAGCGUCCACAAGACUCUCGAAUUUGAUGAUUUUACCUAUAUUAGCUGGCGAAGCAUCAGAUAAAAAUAUCAAAUAUAGUUUUAUAGAAAAUAAAUUCUUGAAAGUGGUACAUACAACUGUUAUUGAUACAAAUAUAUAUUUUGGAUGUAAAAAGACGAUUGACAAUAAAUUUGCUGGUUAUUACAUCUUUGGCUUCGAUAUUAGCAAAACUAGGCAUAAGACUUUGCUUUUUAAAGGAAAUUUAAGCAUUUCUGAGGAUUAACUUGAUGAGUAUUAUUUCAACAUUAGGAUUCUUGACAGUGAUUAAAAAUCCACAGUUCUGAUAAUCACUCUAUCGUAAAGUACAUUCGUAAUAUUCAACUAUAAUGUUGUCCAAACGAUUUCUUUGAUGCCAGAAAAGUUUUUAUCUUUCAUAGAAACUUGCAAGAAUAAUGACUUUACUUAGAGCUAUACUAUUUAUCCAACAGAUAACAAAAAUGAAAAAAUUAGAGUUUAGAUCAAUUCUUAAAAUUAUGGAAAAAUUGCAUAUCUUGAUUAGAUCGAAGCUGAAAUGACUAUUUCAAGAGACUCCUCUGCAUAACUUGUGGCUGCAGAUACUUUAUUUGGAAGAUACUCUUUGACAUAAAAUGUUCAUGGAUAAGAUUUAGCCUACAACUACUCCUGCUUAGAUACUACUGACUAAAUAACAGAAAUUCCUUGCAAUGAAGUUUACAUGAAUGAUGAUUUUGUUUCUGGAACUAUCUAGUUAGAAAUGUUAGGGAGUUAGUAAACAUUACUCGGAUUUUUCGUCAUUGAGUCAUUUAUGCUAUUUCUCGACUAAGGUUAAUUAAUUAUUUACAAUAUCGAUAAAGAUGAUAGCAUAAAAAUUCCAAUCUAAAGGAUUUUCUAAGAUUUUCACCCCUCAGGAUAUUUUUUAUCUUCACAUUCAGUUAAUGACUAAGUGACAGCAAUCUUGAUUGGAGUAGAUGAAGAUUUAAAACUAGUGAAUACAUACAUAUAUAUAAAUGAAACUUUCAAUACUUCAACCCUCAAUCCCUAAAACUAUUUGCACUUCUUUAACUCAUAAAUUUAUAUCUAGAAUCUAACAAAUUUUACCUCUCUUACAAUGCCAGUAGAUCUGGUUGAGAUUUAUCUUGAAAAUAAUACAGAUAAAAUUAUUGGGAUAUUUAGUUAUAAUUUGAAGAAUGAUGCUUACUAGUCUAGAUUAAAUUUUUAUGAGAUUUUAAAAGAUCAAUCAAGCAACUAAAUUAGUUAUAAUUUCCUACAAAGUAAAACUCUCUCAGAUUAUUAAUUAGGUUUAAAUACUUUCAGGAUUAAUAGUUUGGGAAUCAAAACAGGAUCUACAAUUUUAUUCCUUGGAAUAGAGGACUAUGGUCUAAUUUUGAUUAAUAUGAAAAAUUACAAGAUUAUAAAAAUGAUAUCUCUAUAGUCAUUGUCGUUUAGCUCUUCAUUCUAAAUAAGCUAAGUUAUCUUUGAGUCAUUUGAUACAACCUAUAUUGUAAUUUAAGGUCAUGGAUUGAUAUCAAUGCAAUUUUAAUAUUAGAAUUUAACAAAAAAAUAAAAUUCAACAAAUGGCAUUGUUCUAGAACCAUAGUAUAAAAACCAUGUCUUAUUUAAUGAAUUCACUGAGGUUUUAGGUAAUAAUUGGUAUGCUAGAGAUCAUCUUGGAUUUGCAUACUUAGAGAAGUAAACUAAUAAACUUGAGCUUGGGUAGACAGAAGUAUUUAAUUAUGUGAGAUUUGUUAAUUAUUUUGCAAUGUCAGAUUCAAAAUCAAUGAAUACUAGUUAUUUGGAUGAUGAUGAUUGCUAGUACUUGCAAAAGAUUUCUAGCAAAGUUAUUAAAAGAAACUUCUUUUCAGGGCUAUUAGGAGAAAACGAUUAUUUUUUUGUAGGCACAGUUUGCAGUCGAUCCACACUAAAAAUUUACGGUCAAAAUUUCCAUCCUCAAUUAAUAGUUAAGAUCCCAUAGAAUAAUUCUAUCAUUGAGUAUUCCUAAUUGAUUAGAAUUAAAGUUUAGGGUCCAACUUAAGAAGAGUUCAUUUUAGAGGAUGGCUCAGAGAAGGAAGAUUUUAAUUUUGAUAAUAUUGUUGAAUUCUUUAUAAAUGUGACUGUUCUUAAUAAUGAGAGGAAAGUUAAUGAAAUAAUAUAUAUUUUAUUCAUAAUCGGAUUAUCUGGAAUACUGUGGCUCUUAAGUGUUGCUCUUUCUAAUCAGCCCAAAAGAGAAAGUAAGACAGAAGAGAAUAAUAGAAAUGCAGAUGAUUAAAGCCUAAAAUAAAGUCAAGAUUUUAGUUAUUUAGAUCGAAGUAGCUAUUCUGAAGAUAUUAAAAAGAAUCAUAUGGCAUUUUAUUGGAAAGGUAGAAUACAGAAUAUUUCAGGUAAUUCUUAUGAAAGAUAUUCUUUUCAGUCAAAUGACUGA